ACACACACUUAGUGAAAAUUUAUGUAUUUCAAAUUAUCGAAAUAACUUGCCAUUCCAGUCCAGUUCUAGAUAUUUCAUAUGACUAAUGGAUAUACGGAUAUACCCAGCUAUAUUUCCCAGAAUUUAUAAUAUGAUACAUUUUGGCUAAUGGUCAAACUUUCAUCCUAAGAACAGUCGAAGUUUGAACGUCCACAUAUUGACAUGGUCGAAGUAUCUGUUUGCUUUCUUAUACAAGGGUUUCUACUGUCGCUGUCAUUUGGGCGUGUUCAGUUGCAGGUUUACAAUUCAUGGAAAAAGUGUGAUGUCAAUGAGGACUGUACACACCUUAAAGCAUGCCCACCCUUGAAAUACUUUCUGCAAUCGGCGGAUAUAAGUUGGGCCAGAGAAGCAAUAUUGCGGGACAAACAAUGUGGUUAUAAUAGCUACUGCUGCCGAAAAGAAGGCUAUGAAAGAAGAUCCAAUGAACAAUGCGUCAUGCUCAAUGACUGUCCCCAGUUUAAUGGCCGGAAAUGGACGAGUGAUAUUUUGAAAUCCAUAAUAAAUAAAAUAUGUUAUAUCGAUCACUUCCAGCCAUUGGUACGAAGAAGGGUCUACGUAAACUGUCAAAGACAAGAGAUUUUUCCUUGCCAAUACGAUGAGAUAUGUAGAAGCCGCGAUAGCUGCCCUUUUCUAAAGCUUAAACGGAAAAAGGCCCAGAACAUAUUAAUGAGCAGGCAAUGCGGCAUUAAUACCUACUGCUGUCCUAAGCAGGAAUUUCCAGAUUGUCCAGCCGAUGAAAAAUGCAUAAGAUUGGACAAGUGUCUUCGUAUCCAUAAUACUACGAUGGAAGAUGGGGCCAAUUUAAUGGAUAACAGACAGUGUGCCAUCGAUACCAGAAGAAUAGAUUCGGAUAAGCGCCACUACAUCUGCUGCCCGGAACCAGGUAACGUUCUACCAACGUCCUGUGGACAAGCUCCGCCUCUUUAUCGAAUGGCAUAUGGCACAGCGGCGAGGCCAAAUGAAUAUCCUUGGAUGGCCAUGCUUAUCUACGAGAAUCGCAGACUAUCGACCAUGACCAACAACUGUAGUGGCUCCCUGAUUAACAAACGCUACGUCCUCACCGCUGCACACUGUGUGGUCAAGGAUAAAAUGGUGAACACAGAUUUGGUGCUCAGGAGAGUGCGGCUGGGCGAGCAUGAUAUUACCACCAAUCCGGAUUGCGACUUUACAGGAAACUGCGCUGCCCCCUUUGUAGAGAUCGGCAUCGAGUAUUUCAAUGUCCACGAACAAUAUUUCAACACCUCAAGGUUUGAAAGCGAUAUCGCCUUGGUGCGUCUUCAAACGCCAGUUCGAUAUACCCACGAAAUUCUACCGAUUUGUGUGCCGAAAGAUCCCAUCCCCUUGCAUAAUCACCCAUUGCAAAUCGCCGGUUGGGGCUACACGAAAAACAGAGAAUAUAGUCAGGUGUUGUUGCAUAACACCGUUUAUGAAAACAGAUAUUAUUGCCAAGACAAGAUAUCGUUCUUCCGCAACGAAUCACAAAUCUGUGCUUCUGGCAUUCGAGGAGAAGACUCCUGUGAGGGUGAUUCCGGAGGUCCCUUGAUGUUAACCCUUAAUAAUGAUUACCAGGAUAUCGUAUAUCUGGCCGGUAUCGUUUCAUAUGGAAGUGAGAAUUGCGGAGAUAGAAAACCAGGUGUUUACACAAAGACUGGAGCAUUUUUCUCAUGGAUAAAGGCAAAUUUGAAGCCAUAACUUUCUUGCUAAGGAAUCUCGACUAGUGUAUGGUGUUUGUUAAUAUGUGAAUGCAUUUUGUUUGUAUGAGUGAAUGUGUUUUUUUUGUGGAUUAUGGAAUUAUGGAAAAUUCAAUCAAGUAGCCAGUAAAAUC